CAGCUGUUGCGUUUUGUUUACAAACGAUUCCGGUCGGCAUAUUCCAUAUUUCACCACAAAAUAAAUAAUAACUGAUUUAUAAGGUCAAAUUACUUUUGGCUAAAGCCAUGGACACCAAAAAGAUAUCUUUUGGGUUCAGUAAGUUGGCCAAGAAACCGAGCAUUCUGCCCAGCAAACAACCCAAAGAAGAAAAUAAAGUGGAGUUGAUAAAAUGUUUGGAAGGCAAGGAAAUCAAGCUGGUGGCGGAAAAGGUAGAAGCCGCCCCGCUGGUCAUUGAAAUGCAGGGCAGCCAGAAGACUUCAUCCGCCCUUGCGAGUUUGAUGAAGCGACGUGCGGUCCUGCUUGGUGAGGAGGAACCAGAUCCAGAGGAGGUGACACCAGCGGCCCAGUCCAUAGCAGAGGUAACUGCAGGAUGUGGAACGGAAAGCCUGGAGCAACGUGCCGCUCGGGAGUUGUUAGCCGCCAGCCAAAAAAAUGGUGACGAGGGGUUAGAUGGUCAAAAACUUGUUCUGCCUGCUGUCAAAGCAGACGAACUACCUCUUGAUGGCGCCAAGGAGGCAACUCUCGACGACUACGACAAUAUACCUAUCCAGCAAUUUGGCUUAGCCAUGCUGCGCGGUAUGGGUUGGGUGGACCCGCCGCCCAAGAAGAAGGGUUCCGGUCCCAUUGACGAUGCUCCCUUUCUGCGACCCAAGGGAAUGGGUCUGGGAGCUGACAAGGCGUUAAAACCGAAAGCUCUGCUGGUCCAACCAGAAAAGAACGAGGUACUGGAAAUCAAGAAGCAGGCCUACGUCCGCAUCUUGGGCGGAAAGCAGAAGGAUCAGUACGGGCAAAUCGAAGGCUUUGACGACCAUGCAGGGAGAGUUAUUGUCAAAAUGGCCAUUGGAGGUGCCAAGGAGGCGUUCAACGAGUUCCUUUGUCAACCAGUAUCCCGAAAGGAGUACGCACAGUACGGAAAAUGCAUAAACUCUGCCAAGUACGAAGAAUUCAAAAAACAGGAAAAUGAGCAUGGACAAAUUAUUGUGAAGCAGGAAAAAUCACCAGAUAGGAAGAACAGUGACCGAAAAGACGAAAGUAACUCACGUCGGGACGCUGAAAGAGAUCGUAAGAACAUUAAAUCGGAAGAACACAGAUCAAACAAAGAAGACGAUCGACGGAGAUACAAAAAUGAAGAUAAUAGGUCAUACGAUAAGAAAACUUACAAGGAUGAAGACAAAAAGUCGUACAAAUAUGAUGAGAAAAGAUCCUACAAGGAUGAGGAUAAAAAAGCUUAUAAGGAUGAAGAUCGCAGACCGUAUAAGGAAGAUGACCGAAAAGCAUACAAAACAGAGCACCGCAGCGACAGAAAUUACAAAGAAGAGUCCAAUUCCCGUAAAGUGGAAGAUCGUGACAGAAAGAAGUAUGUGCAGGACUCGCAAAGCAAUAGCUCCUCGACCUCUAGGCGCGAAGAACGUAGUCGGUAUCGCUCGCCUAGUCCCAGGAGUAACAGCUCUUCCAUAUCUAAGCGUGAGGAGCGUGAUCGUCGGCGUUCGCAAAGUCCCAAGAGCAGCAGAAGAGCGAAAAGCAGUUCAGACGAAGCAGACGACACGGGAGAGUCCACGGAGAGCGAUUCGGACUCGGCUUACGAGCGCAGAAAACACAAGAAAAAAUCAUCCAGCCGAAAGUCAAGAAAGCACUCCAAAAAGUCUAAAAGUAAAUCGAAGCGGGCGGACAACGAUUCCAGCGAAGACAGUGACGAUAGCCAGGAUGACGACCACCGCCGACACUCAAGUAAGCACAAAAAGAAGACAAAGAAGAGCAAGCACGUCAGAUCCCGCACUCGCUCCAGAUCAAGAGGAAGAGGCAGAUAGAUGAGACCGACGUUGCAUUUGAUCUAUUCAAUUGAAAUGUUUAUUUAAAUAUAGUUCAUGAGAAGCUUAAGUUCUUUUGUAUCUUACUCGGGAUUAUCAUAAAUUUCAAUUAACUCACAAAAUAA